AUGCCCGACAUGCGAAAAAUCUUUCGGCGGCGAGAAAAGAAGCCAUCGACCGCGCUACCGACAUCUGCGCCCCUGGAGACCUCUGUGCCUCCAAUCUUGGCGUCUCUGGCCACUGCGCCUACAACCUCAGAAUUUCCAAAUCGAAAGAAGAUACUCUCAUUGGGAAUCAAGGUCCUUCACAGCCCAGAGCCCUGUGAUGUUGACAACUUUAGCAUCGUAUUCAUACAUGGGCUAUCUGGCGACAGAGAAAAAACAUGGACCGGUCCCAACCAAACUGAGCCCUGGCCCAAGACGAUCCUCCCAGAUCGGCUUCCAACAGCCCGAAUGCUCGUUUUCGGGUACGAUGCCAAAUGGCUCAAAGACUCGUCAUCGAGGAACAGAGUCCAGGAACAUGCAUCAAACUUACUGGCAUCCCUCGGGCGACAUCGAGGCGAGGAUGGCACGAGCAGCCGACCUAUUAUUUUUGUGUGCCAUAGUCUAGGAGGACUUGUUUGCAUGGAUGCUCUAGUACUCUCAGAACAGCAAGGAGGGCAACAUCAUCUUCCCAAAAUACACGAGCAAACAAUUGGCAUUCAAUUUCUAGGCACCCCUCACCAAGGAUCAGACUUCGCUUCUUGGGCUAAGCUUGUUUCACGCUACGUUUUUCCCAUGAGGCAGACCAACAGUGACAUCACCAGAGUACUGCGAAAAGAUUCUGAGGAGCUUGCUAGAAUCCAACAUAGUUUCCAUUUAAGGCUUCAACUACGGCCUCAGCUUGGGCUACCCGCAAUAUCCAUCACAUACUUCUUUGAGGAGCUACCCACGCCCCAUCUCGGAGUGAUUGUCCCUAAAGAGUCUGCCACUAGGCCUGGUUGCAACAAUAUCGGCAUACAUGCAAACCACUCCAACAUGACUAAAUUUGAGGAUGCAAAUGACGAUGGACUUCUAAAAGUUAGUGGCGAGCUCCGCAGAUACAUUGAGGUUGCAAAGCAGGCUAGCCCCAAUGCCCGACUAGAUGUAGACGAGCAGGCCACAAUACCUUUCACCGUACCUUAUUCAACCAACGAAAAUUUUGUUGGACGUAUAGAUAUCCUCCGGCAACUGGAAUCAUGCUUCGAUCUGAGCAACAUCGAUCGUACCUGGCAACCAAGAAUAGCCUUGUACGGGCUCGGAGGUAUCGGAAAGACACAGAUUGCUAUCCAGUUCACGUACUGGCUACAACGUCGCUACCCCGAGGUGGCUGUGUAUUGGGUACAUGCAAGCAAUGCUGAUCGCUUCCGCCAGUCUUUCACUUCGAUCGCACAAGACUGUGGCAUUCCUGGUCUAGAUGAUCCUGGGAAUGAUGUGUUGCCACUAGUCAAGGCUUGGCUAGGGAAGAAGGACAACGGACGAUGGCUUAUGGUGAUAGACAAUGCCGACGAUGAAGCCCUGUUCACAACUUCGGGAUCUUCUUCAAGAAGUAGUGGGAAUUUGGGAGGUUUUAUUCCCGAUUGCGCGAAUGGAAACAUACUGAUAACAACCAGGAACAAGAAAGCUGGGUCAAGGCUUACAAAAGGAAAACAACUGAUUGAAAUCGGCAGAAUGGACAUCUCAGAUUGCGUAAAACUGUUGCGUCUUCAGCUUGACGACGCUGCAUCUACAGAAUCCAUCCGCCGACUUUCCGACCAACUCGAAUAUAUCCCUCUUGCUUUGGCCCAAGCGGCAGCCUUCAUAAGAGAAAACGUUUUAUCAAUUGAUUACUACUUGGAACUUUUGAUGAAAAGGCCGGUCGACCUCCUGGGCGAAGAGUUCGAGGCCGUGGGACGAGAUGAAGAAAGUUUACAUGCCGUUGCUGCAACUUGGAUGAUUUCCUUUCAACAAAUCCAACAGCGAAACCCGCUAGCCGGAGAACUCUUGUCACUGAUGUCAUUCUUUGAUCGUCAAGAAAUUCCCCGUGUAUUUUUGCUUAACUACUAUGAGCGCCGAAACAACGGAAAAGAUGGAGCCCUCGAAGUUACAAAAGCCAUCGGGCAUUUGCUAAGCUUCAGUUUAAUCAAAGAGGAAGCUAGUCAAAACAUCAACAUCCACCGACUUGUGCAAGUGACCACACGGAAGUGGCUCAGCAAUCAGCAUCAUGAAGAUGCUUAUCAAGGGGAAGCACUUUUAACAGUGUGGGAAAUGUUCCCAAAUGAACAAAAUGUCGAAAAUUGGCCGACUUGCACCGCCUACCUCCCGCACGCUCAAGUGGUCAGAGGUUUAACAUCAUCGAGAAGGAAUAGAGAAGUGAAAAGGGCAGAUCUUCUCACGAAUAUAGGGUGUUUUUUCCACGAUGAAGGGAGAUGGAAAGAAGCUGAAGAGACACAUAAGGAAGCAGGGGCAAUUUACAGAGAAGUAUUUGGCGAGGAAAAUCCUAACACACUGAACAGUAUGGCCGAUUUAGCCUCUACCUUCAGAUCUCUGGGGCGACUGGAGGAAGCCGAAAAGCUCCAAAUUAAGCUCCUAGAGCUAUACAAGAGGAUUCUUGGCGAAGCACACCCUUAUACACUAACAGUUAUGAAUAAUUUAGCUACAACCUUCUAUAGUCUGGGGCGACUGGAGGAAGCCGAGAAGCUGCAAAUCAAGGUCCUAGAGCUAUACAAGAGGAUUCUUGGCGAGGAACAUCCUGAGACACUAACAAGUAAAAAUAAUCUAGCAUCUACCUUCUAUGAUCUGGGGCGACUGGAGGAAGCCGAGAAGCUGCUAGUCAAGGUCCUAGAGCUACGCAAGACGAUUCUUGGCGAAGAACACCCUGGUACACUAAGAAGUAUAAAUAAUCUAGCAUCUACCUUCUGGGAACAGGGGCGACUGGAGGAAGCCGAGAAGCUGCAAAUCAAGGUCCUAGAGCUGCGUCAGAGAGUUCUUGGCGAGGAACACCCUGACACACUGAACAGUAUGAACAAUUUAGCCUCAGGCCUGUGCUAUCUAGGGCGACUAGAGGAAGCUGAGCAGCUACAGAUCAAAUCCCUAGAGCUGCAUGAGAGAGUUCUUGGCGAGAAACACCCUGACACACUGAACAGUAUAAAUAGUCUAGCCUCAGGCCUGUACUAUCUAGGGCGACUAGAGGAAGCUGAGCAGCUACAGAUCAAAGCCCUAGAGCUUGGUAAAAGGGUUUUUGGCGAGGAACAUUAUCGAACACUAGAUAGUAUGAGUAACCUCUCACACAUGUGGAGAAAGUUGAACCGGCCAAAUGAGGCGGUAGAGAUGAUGACAGAAUGCACGGCGCUUCAGAAAAGAAUCCUUGGAGGAGAUCAUCCUUCAACGCUAGCAUCCAUCAAAACUUUAGGAUCCUGGCUUUCUUCUCCGAUGGUUGAAACCAAUGCGCAACAAGAAGAACAUGCUUAG